AUGGAAGUUGAGCUUUGGGGAUCCUUUAUAGACUUUGUGGAAUUUCUUUCUUUCUUUCCACCUUUCUUUCUUUCUUUCUUCUUUCUUUCCACCUUUCUUUUUUCUUUCUUCUUUCUUUCCACCUUUCUUUUUUCUUUCUUUUUUUCAUUCUUUUCAGCUUUCUUUCUUUCUUUUUUUCAUUCUUUCCAGCUUUCUUUCUUUCUUUUUUUCAUUCUUUCCAGCUUUCUUUCUUUCUUUUUUUCAUUCUUUUCAGCUUUCUUUCUUUCUUUCUUUCUUUCUUCCAGCUUUUGUUCUUUUUCUUUCUUUCUUCCUUUCCAGCUUUCUUUCUUUUUAUCUUUCUUUCUUUCUUUCAUUCUUUCUUUCAUUCUUUCUUUCUUUCUUUCUUUCUUUCUUUUUCUUUUCUUUCUUUCUUUCUUUUUCUUUCUUUCUUUCUUUUUUUUCUAUCCAGCUUUUUCUUUCUUUCUUUUUUCUUUCUUUUUAAUCUUUCUUUCUUUUUCUUUCUUUCUUGUUUCUUUCUUUCUUGUUUCUUUCUUUCUAUUUUCUUUCUUUCUUGUUUCUUUCUUUCUAUUUUCUUUCUUUCUAGCGUUCUUUCUUUUUACCGGCUUUCUUUCUUUCUUUUUCUCUCUUUCCUUUUCUUUCUUUCUUUUUCUCUCUUUCCUUUUCUUUCUUUCUUUUUCCUUUCUUUCCAGCUUUCUUUUGUCUUUCUAUCUUUCUUAUACCAAUAUUUAA